GGUAGUAUCUUGGCGUGACAUUAGUGAUGAUAGUGAUGUGACCAUGUCUAGUGAGGGUAGCAGCAGGUUGCGGCAGUUUGGAUUGUACAAGACCAUAGAUUCGCAGACGGCGGAGUUUCUCAAGCUGUCGAGGAAGAAGCAGAUCAGGCGAGGAUGUGCUUGCGCGGCUGUGUCCACAGCUAUCACUGUGACUGUUGUUGUGGUAAUUCUACUAAUCUACGAAUACGGGAUUGCAGUAGAAUCUAGCUUAGUACAAAAUAUCUACAGUUAUGGAAACUUGAGUUCGAAUGGGAGUGAAGACUCGCCAGUUGCCUAUCGCCUGGACAGGAGCUACUUCGGCUUCGACCAGGAUUACUACGAACGCAUGCCGCUCCUCGUCAAUGCCAUGCAGGAAAACCACUACAUCGACCCUUUCGUAGAAAUAUCUGUCCCUACGAAAAGAGCACGGCUCCUUAGAAACAAAACGAAAACCACAAAAACGACGUCCAUCAGAAGAACGAGCCCGAGACCGUUCAUUUUUGAAUUAAGAAGCCCCACACCAACACCCUUUAGUAGAACCUUUGGUUCUAAAAACUGGGUCGAAAGCUACCGCAACGCGCAGAGGCUUGAGAAUCUCCAACAAGUCAUACAGUACCUCGAGAAGACUAUUAAUGCUAAAUUUGGAGAUCUAUACGAGUUACCCUCUAGUUCCAGCACUCAUAUAGCGUUUUCUGGAGUAUAUGUUAAGCCGUCAGCGGAGACCAGUAAGGAAGAGAAACCGACUACGCCUACAUUAGAUUUAUUAUUGCAGAGUUCUAAUAAAGUAGAAACGAAAAAUCACGUGUCAGAUCCGCUUUUCAGUUUCAAGCCUGAUAGCCCAGGCGACGUAAAUCUGUUAGCGGAUGGAUUUUUCAGAUUCGCCCCAACCCCGACUUUGGACAAGCCCGUAAUACCGAUGUUCAGACCGAUAUCCAAUCGAAAGAAACAAGAUAAUGAUGACAAGAAUGUUGUUGAUGCGCAAGCGAGCGAAAUCAAAAACAUCGAGACGUCGACUGUUGACAAGCCGAAUUCCUUCAAAGUUAUGCUGAAUUACGUUCCAACGAAAACAACUAUAGACUAUUCCUCAAGCGACGGAACUUCCUCAGCUAUCAACAAAGUAUAUUUUACAACAUCACGGCCCGUCAGAUUUCAAUUUAAGAGGAAAUCAAACGGCGUUCGGCGUAUGUAUAUGCCGAGAAGUUUAAAAAGGCCUAUAUUUAAUAGAACAAAACCUCCUCCUCAAGAUAUUUUAAGGAAAUCGAGCUCAAACGAAGAAGCGACUAUGAUCGUUCAUGUAAAUCUGUAUCCUCAGAGAACCGUAGUAAAAGAGGUCGUUAAUGUUACAGAAAAUAAACAAGAAUAUACGACCACUCCUGUAGCUACCACCACACAAGUCAAUACAGUUAGACCUUUGACGCAAGCACCAGAGAUAUCCAUCCCACAAGUAGAGGAUCAUCAUGUGGGAAGUUCAGGCGUCAUACCAGUGGAACACAGGACGGUACCUCCGUCACCACCGCCGCCCGUGACCCCUGUUAUCCCAACCUUUGAAACCACAGUCUCAAGUACCAGUGAAAUCUACUCGUGGCCCACAAAUCCACCAGAUGUAGUCAAGUUUAGUCCUGAAGAUGCUAAGGUUCCCGAUCAUUAUCAAAGAUUGAGGGAAAUGGAAAGUGGCAGUUACACAACUGAAGCAAAUAAUCGGGAAUUUAACCUCCACGACCUUAAGUUUAAAGACUAUUAUGAUCAGUUAAAACAAAUAGAAGCUGGUAAUGGGCCAAUUGGUUAUAAUAAUAGAGAUUUUAAUUCUGAGGAAACAGAAAUUCUAAAUCAUUAUGGAAGAUUCGGGGAAAAGGAAAUAGGAAAAAGUUACCCUGUUAAUGUUGAUAGUAGGCCGAUUAAUACUGAAUAUACUAAAUAUAUAGAUUCUCAUCGAAGAUUUCUCGACAUGGAUUUUAGUACUAGUACCCUAACUGGAACGAAUAGAAGAAAUUAUAGAGACAGUCUCGAAAUCCAAGAAACUGUAGAGCCCUCAACACUAGUAGUGAAACUCAAAAAUGAAGUAAAACUGACAACUACCACUACUCAAGAAACAAUAUUAGAAGUAGAAGAAGAUUCUGAUGAAACUACAACAGUACAAACCUAUGUACCACAAAUAAACGGUCAUUAUAGGAGCGUCAACCAAAACUCAAGAAUAAUCAAUGAUUGGUUUGAUAAAGAAGAUGAAAAUGAGAGGAAGAAAAGAUUAGAAACAAGAGUCACAGGGUUGAAGAAACCAACAUAUGUAGAAAUUAAGCGAAAUAAUACUAACAUCAAUAAUGAAAAUAAUGACGAUGAAAACGAUGAAUGAUUGAGUAUUUAAUAAUACUUAUAUAAUUUUCUUAAA